UGCCAGGUUCUCGUUGAAUUUGUCAAGUUGUCUGUAAAUUUGCAAUUCACCAAAUUCACCAUGAUUAAAUCAUUGUUGUUGUGGUCACUGUGGACGGUCCAUAUGGCAAUGGCAUUCAUGCAUGGUGACCAUUUCGACGGUGCACUUGGUCAUCAACUUGUUCAUGGUAAAAAUCAAGACGAACUCCAUCCCGAGCCAUCAGCAAUGAUUGGCUACCACGACUCGCCACACCAUGAAUUGGUCAUUAAAUCGUAUCCACACGCCGAACCACCAAUCAUGCACGGUAAAUAUUCACAUCAUCAUUUGCCCGGGUAUCUUCAUGAUGAACCCCAUAUUGGUCAUCCGGUUCCGGAACCAGAACUCUAUGACCAUCAGAUUGGUCAUGAAAUUCAUCCUGAGCCGUAUCAUCAUCUACAAUUACGAUUCGAUCCAGCCAAUUUGGCCGUCCAUGGCUACGAUCAAUUACAUGACAAUCAUCAUGUGGUUCAGGUUCAGCAUGCAUAUCCUCAUCCUCAUCCUCAUCAUCAUCCAAUUUCACUGGCUGAGCCUUACAAACAUGAAGAGCCGGACAAUUCGCUGGCACAUUAUGAGCCAUCAUUCUAUGGCCAUCGUAAACCUGGCGAUGGAUUUGGUCCAGGCGGUCAUUACUCCACGAUGCCGCAUCAGGAGAUUAAAUAUUUCCCAGUGCCAGAGCCGGUUCCAGUUUACAAACCAGUGCCUGUAGAGAAACCAUAUCCAGUUCCAGUGGACAAGCCGUAUCCUGUGAAGAUUGACCAUCCAGUGCCGGAGCCGUAUGUGGCGAAAGUGGUGCAACCAAUCAUCCAUAAGCAGGCCAUCAUUAAAUCGCAUGUGACACAUCAGACGUAUGACAUUGCUUACCCGCAUCAUCAUCACCAUGCAUCGUAUAAAAAGGCUUAGAAUUCAUUUAUUCAUUUAUUUAUUCUUGUUUGCUCUGUUUUUCCGUUUGUUUGUUCGGUAUAUUCAAUUAAAUAUCGAUGAUUUGGAACAAAAGGUCAAAAAUGGUAAGCUGCUGAUCACUGAAACCUGUCUCUCUGUCUCUGUCUC